AUGGAUCCGGAUGAGGACCAGGUGGAAAAAAUGUCCGAGUCCGAAGACUGGGACACGGACAACGAGGGUGAAGUUGAUCCUCUCCCAGGAGUGCCCUCUAACCAAACCGCGUUGGAACUCUACGGAAAGGACACCAAGGUCGUUGUGAAGGGCACUGGCGGGCGCAAAGCGAAGAAACGCAAGUCUCGACUGUCUCCGAAACCAUACCCAAAACCUGAUCCCACUUCCCCUCCAACACAAAAACCGGAUUCAGCUCUUCCACUGAAUCCAAGUCCUCUGGUCCCAACAAAUCCAACUCCUAUUCCAACGAACCCAACUCCUCCGAUCCCGCCAAAUACGAAUCCAAUUCCACCGGCACCAACCCCUCCGAUUCCGCCAAAUCCGAAUCCUAUUCCACCGGCACCAACCCCUCCGAUCCCUCCAAAUCCAAAUCCACCAGGUGACAAGGAAAGACGAGUUCAAGCUCGCGCUCGCCAGUACGUGGGGGGCUCGCAGACGGAGUGGGUGGUCUUCUUCCGGCCCAAACAAAAACCCCUUAACUUCGUUCGGAUCACAAAAGAUCUCAGAGGCGACUCGUCCACCUGUUCAACCUGUUCAUUGAACAGGUAG